CACGGGGCUGGGCCGCCUGGUUGAUGCCGAUCUUUGAUUAUUGACGAUUUGGAGUCCCCCCUUUGGAACGAAAUCUAGGUCAUAGGUGGUCAACGGAGUCCAGCCCUAGGAGAUGUUUCAGAUGCUGCCGAUGGGGAUUUCAGCGACACAAGCUGUGGCCGGCCUUCAAUAGCCUGGCACCAAUCAAGGGAAUGACAUGCGUUCUUCUCUUAAUAGGCGGUUUAAAAAAUCUUCACAAGUACAAUAGGCGAACACAUGUGGGAAGCAGCAGCUGUACCAGACAGAAACGGGCAACCUUAACAAAUGGGGUGGAAUCACUUUCUCAUUUUCUACUCUGUGAAUUUGAGAGACUUCUCGUCUCUACUUUGGAUAACCACGACAGUUUGAGAUUGAAAAACACUGGGGAAGGAAAUUCUUGUACAACACAGAAUAAUUUGGAGCAUGUCAAUAAGAAUGAGAAAACAUGUGAUGUUGGUAUUUUGAGCGAUCUUGCGGUUUCGGAUUGGGAUUAUGCAAAUACAGGUUUUACCGGCAAUCUUAAUGAAGAUUUUGAUUUCGAAAGGGCCUUUGUGGUUCAUGCUCUACUCUUUCAGGUGAGGAAUUCCUUUGUGGUUCAUGUCUCGGAAAAUGAAAAGAGGGUUCCUAUCUCGUCGGUGAGCGAUCUUUGGGACAAUGAUGCAAAUGAGAAAAUUGUGACCCCAAUCACACAAAACUCAUACGACGCCGUGGUAUUACUCCAAUACGUGAUUCUAUCAAGACAACAUCAAAUGAAGAGGCAACCCCGUCUAAUGUGUCAGCUGCUAAGAGAAUCGAAAAUUGUGAUCUCAAUCCCACAAAACCCAUACGACGACGUGGUAUUACUCCACUACGUGGUUCUGUCAACACAACAUCAAAGGAAGACGCAUGCCCGUCUAAUGUGUCAGCUGCUAAAAGAAUCGGUAAUUGUAAUUAUUUUGUUCUUAAUAUUUCUUUUUUAUUGUUUUAAAUAAUUGCUAAUCUAUUGUUAUUGUUCAUGCUAUUCAUUAUUGAUUGAAAUUGUUAGAACCCAAUUUUGAUAGAUUUUGAUGAUGUCACUAUACUUAGCUCUUG